UUUCUUUUGGGGGUGUUCAUAAAAAUUUAGGUUCGGGAGGAAUCUAUUGCUCGUUGCAGAGGGAUUUACGAUGGACAUCAACCGAGACGAACUCGAUUUGCUACUGUCACUUGAAGAUCGGGUUCUCGAAACUCCCCCCGAUUCUCCUUCUGCCGCUCUUGGAGGAUAUCUCACAGAUGACGAAUCUCCUAAGCGUAGGGCUCCUGUUGACUUGUCUGAUUUCAAAAGUGUUGUUCAAGAUUGCCUCAGUCUGGAGACUAAACCUGCCAACAAGACCGGCAAACCAAAGGGCUUGAAGAACUGCAAUCUUAACGAUGUUGAGAAGUUUUCUGGUCUGCGCAUAAGGAACCAACUACUGAGCCCUGCGGAGAUUAGUGAUAGGUUUUCAGAAAUUCGUUUUGUUCGAUUACCAACUAUAAAGAAUUUACUGGUGGGUGACAGACUCUCUGGAUGUUGGGCAACAAUUGGAGUGCUAACGGAGAAAGGACUCCCGAAAACCAGCUCCAUAGGGCAGCCUUAUUGCGUGUGGAAGCUCAGUUGCUUAAAUGUAGAACCUGUCUCGUUAUUCUUGUUCGGCGAUGCUUAUCUGAAGAAUUGCAAAGAAAAGGCAGGAACGGUUUUGGGGCUGUUCAACUGUUCUGUGCGCAAGGACAACAUGGGACACGGGUUCUCAUUGAGUGUCAGCUCUGCUGGACAAAUCGUUAAAAUAGGAGCUUCUGCUGAUUAUGGGGUCUGCAAUGGAAAGAAGAAAGAUGGGAUUCAUUGUACAUCUGUGAUAAACAAACGCCAGGGAGCAUUUUGCAAGUUUCAUAAACUGAAUGCGUCAGACACAUUUGCUACUAAGAGAACAGAACUGAAAGGAGGGAACUUGAGGACGGCAUUCAGAGGCAUAAGGGCAGAAGGUGUUUACACGGUUGAUCCCGUAGCAGACAAGAAGGGAAAUCAGCCUGCACGAGUACUCACCGUGGAAGCUCUCAAAAAAGCUUUAAGUAGAGCAGAGAAAGUGACAACCGUCGGGCAUUCACAAGGAAUACGUUUCCUCAACGAAAUGGCCAGAAUAUCAGGUUCGAAUCAGCGGACAGGGAAGAAGAGGAAAUCAUCACCGGAGCUGAAGAGGAAGAGAGCAGAAGACGGCAGUGACUCGCCGCCGGAGAAACGUAGUGGGAAAAUGAUAGCCUUAGAUAUCUGCAGCUCCGACGAAGAAGAAGGAUGAGCCUUCAACCUCAGAACACCAGUGAUGGCUCUGUGUUUCUUGUAAAAUUAAUUUGAAACUCGUUAAAUAGAGUGAGUGCAAGAAGGGCUACUACAAGUACAAGCACACAACAGUCUUUACCAAUACACAAAACUCGAUUAUCAGACAAAGCCUAACACA